UACAACUUUAUCGCAAGCAUUUUUUUGCACUCUUUUUUGUACUAUUGCAAAUUAAUGUAUAAAUUCGACAUGUCUUUCCACCACCUCUUUUACCCUUUAAUAUUUCUACGUUCUAUUCCCAUCGUCCUUGGUAAAGGACCCAACGUGUCGUGCCUCGUGUCCUGGUUUCCCAGCAGUCUUGGCGUCAAACUGCCGGAAAAUGCGUUGGAAUGUGCCGCCGGUACUGGAGAAUUUGUUGGAAAAGUGUUUCAUAACGGGGGAUGGUAUGGAGGGCGGGUCAUACCCGAUAAAGGCGCCAUCUACGCCAACGUUGGCUCGAACCUUGUCAUAACCUCCCCCUCCUACCAAGUCCUCCUCGUCCCCCCGCACUGCUCGCUAACCUGGAUCCCCGGCUCGCUCGGAUCCAUCCCCUCCCACCCCGUCGAGGUCAACGCCGGUCCCACAAAUUUCCUCGUGGCAAGGGCCCUCGACCCUUCCGGAUGGCAAACCAUGUGCGGAUAUCUAAACCCUGCCCACGCCUCGGUCCUAUUCUCCUCCUCCCGGGACCCCCUCCUCCCCCAGGAUUCGCCCACCUAUGAAAUCCUCACCUCUCAAUACCACCCGUUAGACGCGGAACUUAAGAAACUCGUCUUUACCACGUCCACCCUCCGAAAUUCGGACACUACCCGGGAAACAAUCGGGCACGAGGGUUUAUUCGUGGCCGGCGGGACGGCCGCCCUGGGCGCGCCGGGGCUCCCGAGUUAUAACAUUGAGCACAAAAAGGGCCUCCUAGAGCGCUUCAGUUUAACCGAAGAUGUCCACAGCUGGGCCGGAAUAACCGGGUUGAGUGUCCAAUUUGACCCGUUUUUUGGCUCGUCCGAAGUAAAUUUCGCGACCCGGGUGCUCGACGGACAUGAUAAGGUUACUUAUACCCGGAUUAGAAACGUUUCCGCGGUGGCGACUUUUAUCCCGGCGGCGAGGACGGGGACGAAUUUGGCGGAAGUGAGUAUGGAGGCGUGUUCCUAUGCGAAUAUUUUGGGGGCGGGGGGAGUGGGGGUUUUGUACAGUGGGGAGAUUUAUUAUAAGUCGGGGGAGGGUUUGUUGAGGGCGGAGGAUAUCGUGGAGGUGUUGGGGGUGCUGGGGAGGCCGUGGGUGGAGGUGGUGGAUCCGUACACGGUGAAGGGGGAGGUGAUCAGGGGGGUUUUGACGGGGAGGUUUGUGACGAGUACGGCGAUACAUGUGGGGCCGAGGGAUCUUAAUUUUGUGUGUUCGAGAUUUAGAUAG